AUGAGAAAAAUAGGUCCCUAUCCUAAAUAUUAAUUUAAAUAUUCUCAAGAUGAUUACCCUUAUAAUUUAGAAUAUAAGAAAUCAGCCCAGGCCCAAAAGUCAAUCGACCCCAAUUAACUAUAAGAGUUUUAUAUUGACAUUACCCCCACAACUGUCUAACAAGUAACGGAUGAAUUAAGCCUCUCCAUUCUCCAAGGCAUCGAAGCAGGCAAAGACCUCAUUUAUGUCCGCUUCGCUGAAACCGGAGGACACUGCAUCGACCUGAAAAAUUUGAGGUUGAUCAACACUCUAAAUGGAAAAUCCAGACAGAUUUAUUUGGAUGUACCUUUGGGCAGAACACUCCUGAAGCAGCACCACAAAGCCUAGAUUUCACAGCAACCGUCUGCCUCCAAGUUAACUUACACCUAAUUCCAUUGGUUCGAAAGUAUAGAUGGAAAAUAUAGACCUUUGCACCUGUCAAUCAAUGAUGCAAUUGAAAAUUUCUAUCAAAAUGCGUGUUAGACUGGCAUAUCCAUUUACGAAUUCACUUGGCAACAACAUAGAUUCAUUGUAGAUCUCAAGGAAAACACACUCGAAAAUACCAAUACCCUAACCAUCAACCACAUUCAAAGGAGAAACAUAGAGAAACAAUAUUAGGAGGCACCGAAAAAACCAAUUAGUAGAGGAGCCUUGAAAGAGAUCGUGUGGCAAUACUAAAUAUAGCCUAAGUCAUACGAAUGGAAUGAUUACGACAAGGACAAUACGGAUGCUCUUGAAAAGGCAUAUCAAAAAUACUGUAAAAACUCAACCAAAACGAGCACUCUGAAUGUUAUCAGAAACACUUCAAAAUACUACAUUGAUUUUGAUAAGAUGAUUGAAUACAACUUAUUUAACAAAGAAUCGCGAUAAAUUCGUAGAUUUGUAUAAGAAGGUUGA